GCUAGCGGUCAGCGCAGGGGUUUGGGGCGCGAGCGUCUUCCACUGCGCCCCCGUCUGAGGAGCCGCCCGGGAGGGUGCCGGUAGCUUCCCGCCGCCGGCUGGGUGCGGCCCUUCCCGGGGGGCCCCGCCAUGGAUCUCUUCGGGGACCUGCGGCGCAUGAACAAGCGGCAGCUGUAUUACCAAGUCUUAAAUUUUGCUAUGAUAGUGUCUUCUGCCCUUAUGAUAUGGAAAGGGCUGAUCGUCAUUACUGGAAGUGAAAGCCCUAUUGUUGUGGUGCUCAGUGGCAGCAUGGAACCAGCUUUUCACAGGGGAGACCUGUUGUUCUUAACAAAUUUCCACGAUGACCCAAUCAGAGCUGGUGAAAUAGUUGUUUUUAAAGUUGAAGGCAGAGACAUUCCAAUAGUUCACAGAGUAAUCAAAAUACAUGAAAAAGAAAAUGGGAACAUCAAAUUUCUGACUAAAGGUGAUAAUAAUGAAGUUGAUGAUAGAGGCUUGUACAAAGAAGGUCAGAACUGGUUAGAGAAGAAAGAUGUUGUUGGAAGAGCAAGAGGAUUUUUGCCUUAUGUUGGUAUGGUAACUAUAAUAAUGAAUGACUAUCCAAAAUUUAAGUAUGCUCUUCUGGCAGUCAUGGGAGCCUAUGUACUGCUGAAACGUGAAUCCUAA